GGCAGCAAAACAUACGCAUUUUUAACCCUAAAAAAUACAGCACCGAGACUUUAGUACAGUCAAAGUGACGCCGCGACAACCCAGAACGAAGCGAGAAGAGAAUUGAAAACCGAUAGAGAUUGUUGUUUCUGGUGCACAAUAGUUGUGUGGCUGUCCGAAAAAAUAGCCAGCGCGAGUAACGCCAUCGAAGGAGCCCAGCCCAGUGCCCCGCAAAAGCGUCGUUCGUCGUAAUCACCGAAAAACAGAAAAGAGCGGCUUGCAGUUGCGCGUGUUGCGCCCAAAAGAUUCCCUUCCGCAGACAACAGCGAAGACUCCGGCAGCCCCACCACGGCCACGGCGUGCUCCCCGCACAAUGAACAACCAAUUGACCCCGGCCACCUACCGCAAGUUCAACAAUCUGCUCAAUAGCGGAGCAGUCACCGUUACCGGUCCCAGUCAGCCGCGCAUCCUCAAGACGACGCGUCUCGUAGUGCCCGGCGGGGGCGGAGGCGGCGUCGCCAGUGCCUCCGCCGGCGGAUCCCUGGCCCAGCAGCAGCAAGCGGGCAGUGAUGCGGACGCGGGCAUAGGCGUCGGCGGCCUGGUCACGCGAUGCUACAUAUGCGACGAGCGCUGCGAGCCGCAGACGUCGCUUACCGAGAUGACCACCACCCACACCGCCACCAAGUUCCCCAACAAACUGGCCCAGCUAGUGGGCGAGGGCUUCUUCGUGAUUGUCUGCGGCGAGGAUUACGUGUGCUCGCGCUGCACCAACCUGGUCAACUACUAUGACCGCCUGGAGAAUGACGUGGAGCGCGUAAAGACGAACCUGAUCAGUCUGCUGAACAAGAAGUAUGCCAUUAACGAAGAUGUGGGCGGCCUAGAGGCAAGUCCGCCGCUGAAAAUGCAGAAGAUGGCCACGGGCGCCGCCAAUCGGUCGCUUGAAGAGAGCCCGGAUGCAUUACGGACACGCAAGGUCGUGCCUGGCACUCCAGUGGGCGCAGCCAAGAUCGCUCCCGGAACGCCCCAGAGCAGCGCACAGGGCACACAGACAGUGCAGAGGAAGGCCACCAAAAUUUACAAGUGCACAUCGUGCGACUACAAAACCUCGGACAUGCGGUUGUUCAACACGCAUUACGAGACCUGCAAACAGCAGACGUUCCAGUGCAAGACCUGCCGCAAGAUCUUCCCGCACUUUGGGGCCAUGAAGCAGCACAUGGUGCGCGAUCACAACACCGCCAUGGACAACACAUGCGCCAUGUGCCACAUCAACUUCGUGAACGAGGCCAGCUUGCGAAAACACAUGGAGACCAACCAUGCCACCAAUGUUCUGGUGACCAGCACCACCACCAUACCGGCGGCCGCUGCUCCGGUGGCUGCCGCAGCAGCUGCAGCUGCUGCCGCUGCUUCAGAGAACCUGAACGUGUCUGCCGCCUCGCUGUAUUCGUGCAACCAUUGCCAGUUCAAGUCUACGGACAAGGGCGUUCUGGACGAGCAUAUGCGCAAGCAUGUCGCCGGCAAGCCAAAGCCAUUCAAGUGCCGUCUGUGCUCGCAGCGAUUCGAGACGCGCGAGGCAGCCACUGUGCACGCCAAGCAGCAUCAGACAAACUUUUUCAAGUGCGGAACUUGCUCGAUGACCUUCCCCAAGCGUGAGCUGCUCGUCAAGCACUUCGAGGUCCAUCAGAAUCCGUCCGGGGCGGCGGUCUCUCCCAAGCCGGCUGUUAGCCAGAACUUGAACACCCAGAAGCUGCUCCAGGAGACCAUUGACGAGGCACUGAGCGAUACCGUGCCGGCUUCCGCAGCCGGAGGCGCUGUUGUGGCUGCCGGCGAGGCGGAGAACAACAUCCGGUUCUUCUCGUGCAGCAUCUGUUCGCUGACCUUCAUCCAGGAGACAUACUACAACCAUCAUAUGGAGACCCAUAGGCGUGACAAGAAGGGUGCUUCGGCAGGAGGAUCUGGAGGUUUGAAUUCGGCUGCCGCGGCUCUACUGAGUGACGAACCCGGCGAGGCAACCGGCAAGGCCGCCGAGGAGGGCGGCGAGCAGAGCGCCGAGGCAGACAUUGAGAGCCUGUUCGAGAAACUGCAUUCGGACAAGAAUGAGAGCGGCGAGGCGAGCAAAGCGGGUAGCAAGGGCGGCGAAAUGGUCAUUACCUCGCAAGAGGGCAGCGGUGGCAUUACCUUCAACAUAACCAUACCGCAACCGGACGGCGACCAGUCGCAGAAGGAUUCACCCAGUGCCACAGCUCCAGUCUCGGUUAGCAUUGACAUGCCGAAUCUGGAUCAAGCCGAAGACGAGUCCCAAUCGCAGGGCAGCACCGAUGUCAAACGCGGCGAGAGCGAAGACAACGCCUCCGCCGACAGCAAGUCCAAUGCAGCUCCCGUUUCCAUGCCCAGUCUCGACGAUGACAACGAGGCGGCCGCUGCCGAAGCUGAGGCCACAGAGGAAACCAAGCCGGCCGGUAAGGCCGGUCAGGAGAAGUCCAAGGCCAAGCCUGAAGAGAAAUCGGGCAAGGAGAAGGAGGCCGCCACCGCCGCCGCUGCUGCCGAAGAAUCGGAGCCAGCUGGCGUGGAAGCCGAAUCAAAACGUGAAGCUACGGAUACGCCCACAACCGAGUCGGAGGCCGCUGCCGCGACCACGGAAGGUGCUGAAUCCGUCGAGGGCGAGGUGACUGCCGGCAACGGUGGCGAGGGAGAAGCUGGCGAAGCUGCCGGUGGCGAGCAGCAAGUGGCAAUGGAGCUGGAUGAGGCCAUGCAGGCACAAGUAGAUGGCGGACAGAUCAAGUUCAUUGUCAAUGAGAACGGUCAUUUGCUCCAGCUGGACAAUCACAUCCUGACCGACGCUGAGGGCAACCAGAUCAUUGUGCAGGAUCCCGAGCAGAUCCAGCAGCUGCUGCAGAGCGUGGGAGUCCUGCAGUCCGGUGAGGGACUAGAAGGCGAAACCCUACAGAUGAUGACCGACGGCAGUGGCCAGAUGGUGCUCGUGCAUGGCGACAACAACGAGCAGCAGCUAAUCGAUGCCUCGCUGCUCAACUCCGAGGGGCAGCUGAUCAUUCAGCAGGGCCAGGAUGGCGAGGAGGGCGCCCAUGUUAUCAGCGAGGAUGGCACCCGCAUACCGGUGUCCGUGUCAUACACGGAAGAUGGCCAACCCAUCGUUCAGGUCCAGCAGCAAGUCCUGGAGGCGGCGCAACAGGCGGCGGCAGCGGCAGCCAGCGGAUCCGGCAGCGCCGACGAAAAGGACUCGGCAUCCGCAACGGCCGGCGAAGAAGUCCAGGUAUCGGAGGCAUCCAGCGCCACGGCAUCAACCACCGUAGUUGCCACCAGCACAGCUAGUAGCAGUGGCGCAGCCUCCGGGGGCACCUAUUUCGCUCUGGAGGAGUUUGCGGAGGCGAAGGCAGACUAGGACUGGCCCUAGGAGAGGGGCCGUGACCAUUAUACCAUCCUGGCAAGCGAUGAGGACUGGUUUUAGAUGUGGGCUGCAGAGAUGAAGGCAACAUAGUUUUAUGUGAGAUACUUGGAAUACGAUGAUGAAGAUGUUUAAAAAUACAAACACCACAAUACACAAAUACACAAUUACACCUAAUAAAAUCGAUUGAAAAACAAUAAUGCCUCUUGUGAACCCCUGAUCUUGUCGUGUUAGGUGAAGGCCUCUCGUAACCCCCAGACAGUACACAGCACACACACCCAGAAAUAUAUAACUAGAUAUAUAAAUACGUCGAGCAACUUGAAAUAUAUGAUUGUAAAAAUAAGCAAAUGCGAAACCGAGCUAACAUCAA